CCCUCCCAUUUUCAGCCCACUGUCUCGGCAUACCUGGCUUGUUACAUCAAAUUCCGGGGCGUAGGAACGACAGGAAGCUUACAAAUACAGCUGGGAGAGCCCACCGUUCCACUCUUCAUUACGAACUUGACUUGCAACACAGCGACUGUAACUUUGAGCAACUCUUCGAACUACUGUGAAUACUUAGGAGGGCUAAGGGCGGAGAAAAUGACUUGGAAAGUCCCAUUAGGAGUUUUACUCCUAUGCACCUUUGGGGAGGCUCUCAACAAAGGAUCUGUUUUCCUGGCCGAAAGCCCGCUGAGAAGCCCCGGAGUGACCGUGCACACAGCCAGGGGGUACUGCACCCGGACGUACGGCGCAUGGGCAGAGACGGCGUGCUGGCAGAACGUCAGGGACACCUGGACUAUUGGACUGGAUCUGUGCAAAUACGCUUGGCUGAAUGAUGGAACCGUGGCCCAGCCUAUCCGCUCGGGCCGAGAUGGCUGCGCGGCAGUGGGGGUCAGCCAGGUCAGCCCCCGGGAACAAGGAGGAACCUUCGGCGUCUGGUGCUACGUCGGUCGCCAUGUCGAGUGCGGAAGACUCGGUCAGUUCUCGUGUGGAAACGGCCUGUGUGUUCCUCACUGGGCGAGGUGUGACGGCGUCAACAACUGUGGAGACAACAGCGACGAACAGCAAUGUGGUGGAGUGUUCCUGUACCCAGCCCUGAGGGCAGGACCUUCUGUCAACUUCUGGAAUGCAUCUCGGACCUGUCAGGCUGUGGGGGCUCGUGUGGCCAGGUGGCAGGAUUUAGCAGAACAGUGGGCCAAGGGACUGGACAUCUGCAGGCAUGGAUGGCUCCAAGAUGCGACGACAGCCCAUGCAGUCCACAAGACACGAGCUGGCUGUGGGAAGAUCGGCCUCCAUCAUGAUGGGAGCUACGAGUGGAACGACAAGUUGGAUGUCUGGUGUAAGGCCCUGAGCUCCAGCUUCACCUGUGAGUCUGUAUCCCAGUACACCUGUAACAACCUGAACUGUGUUCCUAAGUGGGCCAUGUGUGAUGGGGUGGACAACUGUGGAGACUUCAGCGAUGAGCUGCCAGACCGCUGUAGAGCCAUCGCCCCUCCAGACUCCAGACGUCAGGGAUUUGUGGGUGUCAGUAAGGUGGUUCUGGUGUCAGACGAGCAGGGUGGAGACACCAUCACCUUCCUGCAGGCAGCGGACAGAUGUCUGCAGAUGGGCAUGCAGAUUGCAGCAUGGGAAGAGCUCCGGGACUCGUGGAUUGCUGGGCUCGACCUCUGCAGGAAUGGCUGGCUGUUGGAUGGAACCAUCGCCCACCCCAUCCACACUGCCCGAGAGAACUGUGAGGAAGUAGGUGUGAACCAUGAGGGGAGCCACGAGUACACCGAGGGAUGGGAUGUCUGGUGUAGGACCUACGGUACUCAUGAUUGCAGUUCUCUUGACCAGUUCAGCUGCUCUAAUGGCCUGUGUGUCCCACACUGGGCCAACUGUGAUGGAGUCAACAACUGUGGGGACAACAGUGAUGAGCAGCACUGUGGUCAUGCGUUCAUGUAUCCUGGUGAUGAGUCAGGUGGCAGUGUUAUGUUUUACGAGGCGGCAUCCGUGUGUGAGAAGGUCGGUGCCACUCUGGCUUCAUGGGAGGACUUGUACAAUGCUUAUACAGAAGGGCUGGAUAUUUGCAGGUACGGCUGGUUGAACGACGGGAGUAUUUCCCACCCCAUCCGCUCGAUCCGUGACGACUGCGGCCAGGUCGGAGUGAACCAUGACGGCAGCCAUGAGUACAGCUCCAGGUACGACGUUUGGUGCCAACCCAAGAACGGAGACUUCACCUGUGAUUCAGUGAAACAGUUCACCUGUAGCAACAAGUUGUGCAUCCCAUACUGGCUGGUAUGUGACUCCAUCAACAACUGUGGGGACAACAGUGAUGAGGAUGACUGUGGCCAUGUGUUCUUAUACCCUGGAAACCAAAUUGCAUCAUCUGUCACCUUCCUUGAUGCGAAGGCAAGGUGUGAGUCUGUCGGAGCUCGUGUUGCAUCGUGGGAAGAUCUGAGCUUCACCUGGCGCCAUGGCCUGGACAUCUGCAGGUAUGGCUGGUUAGAGGAUGCCACUGUGUCUCAUCCAAUCCACACGGCUCGGGAGGGUUGUGGAGAGGCAGGCAUCAACCAUGACGGGAGCCGUGAAUACACAGAAGGUUUUGAUGUGUGGUGUGAGCCAAAGUCUGCUGACUUCAGUAAGUGUUGUAUGAUCAUGUACGGCUGGUUGAACGACGGGAGUAUUUCCCACCCCAUCCGCUCGAUCCGUGACGACUGCGGCCAGGUCGGAGUGAACCAUGACGGCAGCCAUGAGUACAGCUCCAGGUACGACGUUUGGUGCCAACCCAAGAACGGAGACUUCACCUGUAAUUCAGUGAAACAGUUCACCUGUAACAACAAGCUGUGUAUCCCAUACUGGCUGGUGUGUGACUCUAUCAACAACUGUGGGGACAACAGUGAUGAGGAUGACUGUGGCCAUGUGUUCUUAUACCCUGGAAACCAAAUUGCAUCAUCUGUCACCUUCCUUGAUGCGAAGGCAAGGUGUGAGUCUGUCGGAGCUCGUGUUGCAUCGUGGGAAGAUCUGAGCUUCACCUGGCGCCAUGGCCUGGACAUCUGCAGGUAUGGCUGGUUAGAGGAUGCCACUGUGUCUCAUCCAAUCCACACGGCUCGGGAGGGUUGUGGAGAGGCAGGCAUCAACCAUGACGGGAGCCGUGAAUACACAGAAGGUUUUGAUGUGUGGUGUGAGCCAAAGUCUGCUGACUUCAGUUGUUCCAAGAUCAGCCAGUUCAAGUGUAAUAACCACCUGUGUAUUCCCUACUGGCUCCGUUGUGAUGGUGUCAACAACUGUGGAGACAACAGUGAUGAGAACUGUGAGGGAGGUGUUGAUGGACCAGGAGAGGUCACCAUCACUACCAGCAACUACGUCUUCCUGUUUGAAGGAGAUGGCGUGUUUGAUGCUGAGUUGGACACGGAUCUGUACACAUUCCUGGAGGCGACAGCAAAGUGUGCACAGUACGACUCCACUCUUGCCACAUGGGAAGACCUGAAGGAGGGCUGGGAUGCUGGUCUGGACCUCUGCGUGCACGGCUGGUUGAAUGAUGCAACGAUUGCCCAGCCCAUCCACUACCCCCGUGAGGUGUGCACCACUGCAGGUGUGGAUCACCUGGGCAGCCUGGAGUACUCCAUGGAGUUCCACAUCUGGUGCAAACCGGACACCUUCGUCGUUUGUGAGAAGAUUAAUCAGUUUGGCUGUAAGAACAAGCUGUGUGUGCCAUACUGGGCCAGGUGUGACGGCAUCAACAACUGUGGGGACAACAGUGAUGAGGACAACUGUGGCCAUGUGUUCCUCUGGCCUGGGAAGGAGACAGACAAGUCUGGUCUGGUGAAGUUUUGGGAUGCUGAGAAAACCUGUCAGGCUGUGGGGGCCAAACUGGCCAGUUGGGAGGACAUGUACAAAACCUUCAAUGCUGGUCUGGACAUCUGCAGGAUGGCGUGGCUGUCAGACAGCACCACAGUCCACCCCAUCCACACAGCAAGGGAAGGCUGCGGAGACCCCGGCAUUGUUCACUACGGCAACCAUGAACUGUCCUCAGAGUUCGAUGUCUGGUGUGAGCCAGUUCUGUCUGACUGGAGUUGUAAGAAGAUUGACCAGUUCAGCUGUGAUAAUGGCCUGUGUGUUCCACACUGGCUGGUUUGUAACGGCAUCAACAACUGUGGGGACAACAGUGAUGAGAAAUGUGGUAACCCAGCUGGCUUGGUGACCUUCCUGAUGCCCAACGAUAUGAUGGACCAGUACUCCACCCCUUACCCAGACGCAUCCGUCAUCUGCAACGGAGUAAACGCAGAGGUGGCAACCGUGGAUCAGCUGACUGCAGCCUGGAGAACUGGCCUGGACAUUUGUCGUAAGGGCUGGUUGGAUGGUGGUAUUGUGGGGUUCCCUCUUCAUUACCCACGUGUGUCUUGUAAGGAGGACUACGGCUCCGUCACAAAGAUACAGAACUAUGGAAACCAGUUCCAGUUUGACCUAUAUGAUGUCUACUGUACCUUCAAGGACAGCAGCAGCACUUGUGAAAGUGUUGGACAGUUUACCUGCAAGAAUAAGCUGUGUGUCCCCUUUAAACUGAAGUGUGAUGGCAUCAACAACUGUGGGGACAGCAGUGAUGAGGAGAACUGUGCACCCAAGCUGGUUUGCACGGAUGAUCUUGCUGAAGAAGAUUGCAGUCUGCUGCUGCAGCUGUUACAGGCUCUGCUGGCAGACAUCCAGACAGCCAGUGACAAGCUUGGUGGAGGUGGAGGUGGAGGAGGGACAGCUCCAGAGGAGGCCCUCAACCGGCUGAAUGACCUGUCUACGCAAGUUCAAAAUUUGAGGAAUCAGCUGGGCGACAUAUCUGCCCCGGCUAUACAGAAGCUGCGUGAUGCCAUCUUCGAAGCAGAUGGAGAAGCAACUGUUAUUGAUAACAAGGGGACUUCUGUGGCAGGAAAGGGGACCACAGAGAAAGACAGUGCAGACCAAACCAACAAGAGGGCAAUUGAUUUAGAAGCUCAAAUAAAGACACUGAAUGACAGGAUCGACAAACUGAAAGAACAGCUGGGUACAGAUGAUACAGAUGGUGGCACCAGUGCCGGGGACCUUGACGAGGCACUCACGAUCCUGGCUGAAAUCGAAGGACGGAAAACAAACGAUGUUAACUUUGAACCAAACAAGAAUGCAGCAGAUUCAGAGAAGACUGAAGUUGACAAACUGAACACUCAAGUUACUGACUGGCUUAAGGAAAGUGGUCCGACUGGGGUCAUUGUCAACAUGGAGGCAAAGAUAAACACUCUGAAUGACAACCUGAAUGACAUGGGAGAAGCCAUCGACAAAGCAAAUGAAGCGAGUGAUGAGGCUGCCCGAUUGAACCAAGUAAAUUCUGACCGCCUAGCUAACACAUCUCGGCUGGACAGUGCCAAGGCUGCAGCUGAUGACCUGACUGACACAGUCAACACCGCACAGACAAACCUGGAGGAAGCCAAGAAGGCUUUCGAGGAGGGGAAAGCAAACAAGAAUAACAUUGAUGGGUACAAGGAAAGGAUUACAGAGGGCAGAACCAAGGUGCAGGAAAAGAUGGACAACUUGGGAGAUCUUGACGCUAUGGAAGCAAAGGUGAAGCAGGCAGAAGAACAUGGAUUGGAACAGCAGGAAAAGUACAAACUCGUCCAAGAAAAGUUGAAGGACAGUGGGGGUGAUAUGUCCCAAAAGGCAAUGCAAGCAAUCAAAGCUUAUGAAAAUGUUGUGACAAAGAUUGACGAGGCAGAGGCUGCUGCUAAGCUGGCUAGGAAGACAGCACGUGAUGCCAAAAAGAUGGUGGAGGAUGGUAACUUUGAUACCACAGCAAGGACAACCAAACAGGAGAGCGAGGCCAGUCUUAAAAAAGCCGAAGACCAGAGAGAUGAACUGAAUGACUUGAAGCCCAGGCUUGAUGCUCUAGAUGUGGCCACUACUGACCUGGAGACUGGUCUGCAGAUGGGCCAUGACCAGCUCCAGGCACUUAACGAUGAGCUCCUCAAACUUGAAAGUCCUAACCCCGGUGUUGACCAGGCUAAGAUCAAUAAGGCUGGCAAGCGAGCCACUGAAGCAAAGGCUUCCAUUGAAGACAUCAUAUCCGGACAGUAUGGGACUGACCAGAACCUUGAUGGAGCACUGAAAAGUGUGAAAGAGCUGGAAGAUGCAGCUGCUACAGGAGGUGGAGGAGGGGGCGGCGGCCUCGGAGAUAUUGACAACACUUUGGAGUCUUUGCGUGCAAAUAUAGCCAAGAUCAGUUCACUGAAAUUGGAGCUAGAAGGCGAAAUAAAUAAUAAGAACACGGAAAUUAACACCUUCAAAGGAUCCAUCGAUGUGAUACAGAGGAUGAUCCGGGAGGCGAGGGCAACUGCAAAUGGGAUCAACAAUGUUCCCAUGAACUUUGGUGGUAACACAGCAGUCCGACUGGACACCAGGAGUCAACCUCUGGACAGCUACUUCACUGACAACAAGAAUGUGUUUGACAUGUCCAUGGCAGUCAAUCAUGUGGGAGAUGGCACAGUGCUAUUUAUUGGAGACCCAAACAAUGCAAACGCUGACUAUAUUGGCCUGGAGAUUGUGGAUGGAAGGCUGAGAGCCUCCACCAACCUUAAUGGUGGUGGUGGAAGCAACUUCGUCUUUGGCCUACUGAGCUCAAAUGUACUGACUUCAAACCAGUGGGAGACGGUCAGGCUGGAGAGGGUUGGAAACUAUCUAAAACUGACUGUUGGAGAUAAUGACCCACUAGAAGGUGAAGCAAACAACAACUACAUCCUGUUUGACAUGCCAGAGAAUGGCGGCAUCUGGGUGGGCGGAGUGGAUGGAACUGCCCUUCCAUCAGGCUUGGCCUUGGGAGGUCGAGGUUUCAUUGGACACAUUGACAACCUGAAGUUCGGAGAUGACACAGUGCCUUCUUCUGGCCUGUGGAACUUCCGAGUAGCAGACAACUUGCCAACAGAUCUUCCUAUUAGGGAGAUGAGCACCUCAAUAGUGACUUCAAACAUCAUGUACUUUGAUGGAGGAGGCUAUGGCCACACCAGGGAGAACAUUGAGGUGGAUGUUGGUAAAGAUCGCCAGUCUAUUUUUAGUGGUUCCGUACGUCCUGCAGGCCCAGAUGGCCUUAUCUUCCUCUAUGGUGAUCAGGCUAUGUUCAUUGCUAUUGGGGUGCGAAAUAACAGAAUUGUUGCCAUGAUCAAGCCGGAAUCAGGACAAUAUCAUGAAAAAGAAUCACCCAGUACUGUCUCUGAUAUGCUGCAGAAGACAAAUUAUAUUCAUGUGGCAUUGAUCAUCAACUUCAAUGCCAACCCAUGCCCAGGAGGUGUGAUUUUUAUGAUACAAAGGAAACCGGAAUGUCUUCAAAUUGGAAAGAUUUCUUCAGUACCCAAGAAGUUGAACAUGAUGGCUGACGUUGGGGGACUUGAUGAAACAAAGAAGGCUAACCUUGAUAGCAGGCUGAUGAAAGAGGGAUACAAAGGGUGCAUCAAGCAGCUCCAAGUGUUGGUACAGGACAAGCAGAUUGUGCAUGUUGGCAGCCUUGCAACAACACAGUGCCCUGUUCUGGUUCAAAGCCUGGAGUUCUCUGGGGUGGACAGCUAUGUGAACAAAAAAUGGCCAACAAGUCGGACGACUUACGAUGUGUUUGAAGCCACCUUCACCUUCCAGACACAGUCUGACAAUGGGGUGAUGCUGCUAGCAAAGCAUACCACUCAAGGGGUGUUGUGGGCAAUUUCCAUGAGCAAUGGUAGGGUUAUUUUUGCUGCCUUUGGAGACAACGCCAAUGUGGGAGCAUCCCGUGUGACCAGCCAGAAUACUUAUAACGACAACAACGAGCAUUACAUCCUCGUACGACGAGUAGGCCAAAUGCUGUUCCUGCAGCUGGACGACAACAUUGCCCCCAACAUCAACACCAACAACAACUUCAACCGAGGAACCUUUACCACCAGUGAGCUCAUCCUGGGUGGACCAGACCCCAACACAAAUGUCACACCGGGCCCCCAACAGCUGGUCGACAACACUGGGCACUUCCAAGGCUGCAUCAAGAAACUCAUCUUCAGAAAUGGAGCUAAAGAAGAUGGACUUGUGGACUUCAUCGAUGCCACAUCCAGCAAUAACGUGAACUUUGCUGGGACAUCGUGUGCUUCUAACUGACCUAGUCUCAGCAGCCAUGAUAACAUACCAAUGGAAUAUAAAGGGUCACAAGGCAAAAUGAUAGAAAAUCAUGCUUAACUUCAAUCUGUUAAUUAGUUUGAGAACCUUUUUCAAUGUAUUAUUUCAGAUGUGUAUUGAAAGGAUGAUAUACUUAAUCCAGUACAUCUAGACUGAGUUGAAAAAUCUCAAAGUCAUUUCUAACUUAGCUAAAACAGGCAGGGAUCAAUCUCCAAGCAGAUGUUGGCAGGGCACAUCAUGUGUUAGGUACUGUAUAUGUAAUUCUGCCUUAAAAAUAGACAGGACGAGAUUAUGCCUUUUGGUGGUCAAAUUAUUUACUGCAGUUUUAACCAAUUUGCUUCUUUCAUCUUUAAUUUUUUCUUUAUUUCAGACAAACACAAUAAAAACAAUACACAUUGAAAUAAUACAGACUCAAAUAUAUACAAACAAAGGACAUACACACAAUCAAGUCUUACAGCCUAGCUGCAUAAUGACCCUUACGUGUAAUGGAAGAAGGAGUUUCUGUAAUGAGUUUUAAUGUUUUAUUUCCUAUGAUUUCAAACGUUAUAUCUUGUAACUCUAGUACUAUCAGCUUUUUUCUUGGCUAUUUUUGUAGUCAUAUAGUUAGUGUGAUAAAGAAUAACUACUAACAAACAUCAUGAGAUAUAAUAUGCUGUAGAGCAGUUUUACCAUAGGUUCAAUUAAUGUUGCAGAUAAUUGCAAUGAAAGCAUCUACAUGUACAUGUAACGUUUUUGUCUGGAAUCUUUAAAUUGGUGUUUAAAUCUCUUUGAAUUAUUGUUACAUGUAUAUUACAGUAUAUCAUAUUGGCCAAUUUUGCUCUGUAAGUCAAAUGUAGUCAACAUGUAUGUAAGGGUGACCGGGUGACUGUCUAAAAUUGUUUAGAAAGUAAAGGUUACAGCAAAGUUAUAUGAUCACACAUAAUUAUGUCACAAUUAGCAUGUUAAUUACAUGUAACAUUAGUCUUUUGUUAACAAUAGUCAGUAGACUUCUCUUCCAUCUACAGCUCAACUUAUCUGUGAUGAUCAAGCAAUUUUUUUUCUUUUGUCUAAAACUUAAAGACAAUUAGUCACUUGCAGUAAUUUAAUUGCUCAAACAAAUCUCAUAUAUUACACAAUGAAAGUUUCUGACCUUUACCAUAUUUCAAAAUACAUUUAACAAAACAAAUUUACUAAACGUAAUUUCCAUUCAUAGAUACGAAAAGGAAUUAUUACUUAGACUACUAGGUUGCUACAAUGUAUGGAUAUUGGCUAUCAAUAAAUGCCAUUCUUUGGU